UAAAAUUUUAUGAAAAAAAAACAUUUAAAAAAUUCUGAAACAAAAUCCACCGUUAAAAUUAUUUUCCAGUUUGUGUUAAAAUAGCCACAACUCAGCGGCUGUAAACAAAUUGAAAAAUUUUGUAACAAAUUUUUUUUCGACAUUCCAUAAUUAUGGAUGAUCAACAAAAACCAGGACCUUCGGGUCAGAAAUCUGGAAUGCCAGGAAAUUUCGACGAUAUCCUUCGUUAUUUUAAUAUUGUUCGUGAUGAUCACGAUGAAUCUGAAAUAGACGAAAAACCAUUCGAUGAUCAAUGGGAAAACGAUGGAUCUGGAUUUUUAUUCGAACCAAAUGAUGAUUUUAAUUUUAAUUUUAAUAGACCAGAAUUCGAUGCAAAUGAUGUUGCAGAAAUUGAUCGAUUACUUGCCAAUUAUAUGGAUAAUUCUGGUCUAAAUGAUGAUGAAAUAGAACUUCAAGAACAUGAAAUAUUUGUGAAUCCCAAUUUGUACAAACUCAAAUUUAAUGAAAAGAAAAUGUUUCGAUUAUUUCGAGAAAAUAUGCUCUACGAUCCAAUGGAUGAUAUAAUUGAAAAAAUCGAAUCAAAAAAACGUAAACAUUUGACCACCGAAGAUGAUAGUUGUUGUUCUGAUUCCGAUAAUGAUGAUGGCGAUGCUCAUUCUAAUUCAAUAAUUGGUGGUGAAUGUACAUCCGAAAUUAGUUUAUAUUCGGAUGAUGAUGAUAACAAUGAUUCAACUUAUAGAAGAAAAAAACACAAAACAACUGAACGUCUUGGCGGAACAACACCAUUGGAACAAGGCAGCAUUGACGCACCAUUGCCAUCAUCAUCGAAUACAAUGGCUAUUAGCCCAAAAAAAGAAGAUUCAAUCGAACCACAGCCAAUAUGUCGUAAACUAAGGCGACCAACAUUACGAAAAGAUUAUCUUUCAUCAUUACCACGUCAUGGAAAUGUAUUCAAUUUAAUUCGAUAUUCAUGUACAUCACGUAUUGCACAAGAUUUUCUUAAAACAUCCGAAGGUCGACAACAGGUAUUAGAUGCAAUACAAAAUUGUCGUAAUAUAUCCACUAUGAUCAUACCAGAAGAAGAGACGGCAAAACCUAGUAAAGUUUUACUCAUUUCACAGCAAAAUUUUAAAAAAUCUAAAAGUGCUAAUCAUAAGUUUCGAAAUUCUGGCUGGCAUCGACAAUUGAAUCAAGGUGUUAAAAUGGAAUCAUUUCUAUUCCAGACGAAUUUUCGAUUUCUGAAGAAAAAUCUAAAUCAAUCAUGGUUCAUCGAAGAAGACAAACCAAUCGAAAAGAAUACGGCUCCGAUUAAUUUCAUCAAUGAUCAUGGUUGUUUUAAAACCAUUCCAAUUGAAUUAUCUAUUCUUUGUGAUCGCAACGAACGACAGCGGAAAGAACUAAAGAAUGAAAUCGCUAAACAUUCGAUUAAAAUCGAACUAAAAGAUCUAUCUAAACAACGUUCAAAUUUUGAAGAAUCCAAAGCAAAAUUAUUGAAAAAAUUACAUGAACCACAUUCGGAUAUGGUUGAAAAAAUUGAAACAUCGAUCAUAUUGGAUGAGAAUUGGUUACGAAAUCAACAAAUGGUCGUUUUAAAACCGAAACCAUUAUCGACGAAAUCAAUAUCAACAGAUGCCAUUGAUAUUGAUGAAUUUAGAACAAUGCGUAUUAAGGAGCUCAAUGAUUCUGUAAAUAAGAUAUCUGGCGAUGAUCUAUGGAAGAAUUUCAUUGAAUUAGAUCGAAAAUGUAAAAAAAUGCAUGGAGAAUCACGACCCAAUGAUCCAUAUAAUUAUUUUCAAAUGUCCAAAAAUUUUCAUUACAUAUCAUCUGAUUCAAUUUGUAUGCCAAUCGUUAAACGUAUAAAACCUGAUAUAUUCGAUGAUGCAGAUGAUCUUAAACACUUAUGGAUACGAAUGAAAUCAUCAAAAGAAUUUCCAUCUGAACAUUUUCUUCGUCAAACGGAAAAAUUAAUUCAUGGUCGAACACAAAUGUUACGAUUAGAAUCAUCAUCACAAAGACCAGAUUAUAUACAGAUGCAUGGUAUGGCAGCUGUACUUGAAUCAAUGGCCGAUAAUCAACUACCGUUUAGUCCAUUUUUUUCCAUAAAUCAACAAUAGGAAAUCUACAAUUGGUUAUUGUUUCUGUCAAUAGAUGGUAGUACCUGUUUUGACAAUUUUAACUUUUUUUUAAAAUCAUCAUCAUCAUCACUGAACAUUAAUUGCUGGUGUUUAAAAAAAAUUG